AUGAACGACUUGUAGAAGAUGUAACCAAAGAUAUCCGUGAUAAUAGAGAAUAUUUUAUACAUAGGACCACCAGAAAAGGCAAAAAAGUAGAAUUCGAUUGAAAUAACAUUCAUGGCAAAGGAUGCAAUAUUCCCAUCUAAAAUGAAAAAUAGGAGCACAAACAUGAGUGUUAAUAGCAGUUAUGGGAGAGAUUUGAUGGCUGCUCAAUAACCAAUAGUAAUUACGAAGAAGAAGGAAAUCAUUAUAUGGGAAAUAGCAUUUUCCAAACCUGACAUUUUGAAAGAGUUUACUCAGAUAAUUGACAAAGUUAAGCAUCCUGAAAAAUACCCAUAAUAAGAUCAACAACAGAGCUAAGUUUAGCAGUAAUUACCUUAGUAGCCCUCUAUGGUACAAUCUGAGACAGCAAAGUAAAAGAACAGUAUCUAAUAACAACAAGAUACUAAUGAAAAGGAGAAUUAAUAGAAGGAAAUCUAAUAGAAAGAAGCCUAACAGGCUGAUAAAUAGAAGUCUGAAGAACAGCAAAGGUAGGAGGAGCUACAUAUACAAUAGCAAAAAGAAUAGGAGAUUCACUAGUCAGAACUGAAGAGUAAAAUGGAAAAAGAACAAUAAUUAGAAGAAGAAAAUAAGAUCUUGUAGGAACAAUAGAAAUAGGAAUAAACAGUGUUGAAUAAGGAAGAAUCCAAAAAAAAUAUGGUGAAGAAUAGAAUCAAGACAGCUUGGAAUUAUAAUUAUUUAUAAGCUAUAGAGUUAGCUAAUAUGAAGGAUCCAAAAACUAUUGAGGAAUGUAUAACAAAUAGUUUUGUGUUGCAUGAAUCUAUUGGGAGAAUGAGAGAUCAUGCUAUGGAUGUGUGUUAAACCAUUAUUGAUGAAUUAUGUUUGCCGAAUUAAAUGAAAACCAUAAAACCUACAGAUUGUUUGAAUGAGGACAAGUACAUAAUGUACAGUCAUUAGGAUAAUACUAUUGAUUUUGGUGAUGAUUUCUAUUGUCAUGAUGGGUUAUUCAUCAAAUUAUCAUUUUGCCAAUUGAAAUCUCAAGAAAUCCACACUUAACAGGGUAAAUAGGAAAUCUAAAUUUAUGAAGAGUCUUAAUUAAAGGCCUUGGGAAAUGAAUUUCGUUAUCUAUCCUUAUUAGCUGAAUAGAUUGAACUUUUAAUUUAGGAGGAAUCCAAUUACCCUUUAAGAGUUCCAUUGUCAUGUAUAGUAGACUACAAAGGAGUCAGAGCCUUUGUUAUGGCAGUUCCUCCAAUUGAUGAUUCUACUUUAAUUCAUGGUCCAACAUUAGAUGGCUAAUUUAUUACGAAUAAUGCCAUCCAGCAAUAUAUGAAUUCAAUUAGCAUCAGAUUAAAUCUAAAAUAACAUAAAUUCUUUGAAGAUGAGAUGAUCAGCAAUGUGAUUCCGAUGAGUCUAUUUUAAGAAGUUCACAAAAUUAAUAAAAGAUUACAUUGA